AGCUCGGAGGCCAGCCAGCCAAAAGUAGACAGAAGCAAAGGAAGGCAGGGAGCGAGCCUGACGCGCUCAGCAGCAUACAGAUCGGAGACAAACUCACUUGCUGCUUUCUGUCCUGAUGCUUGCAGAGGCUUCCUGUCUCGUUGAAUGGUGAGGCGCGGCUGACCAAUGGGAGGACAGCGGUGAGGAUGCAACUGUGAUCCAGGAAAAAACAGCCCAUUGUUCCCAGGACGUCGGAGAAGUGUGACCACCGUCCUGCCGGCUCUGGCUGCUCGGCCUAACGGCACACUGAAGGACGCGACACUCCACUGACAGGUCAGUAUGAGUGGGGGUGUCAAUGUAAAGUCGGCCCCCAGGGCUCCUGCCUCAUCAGGAAUCCCCCUCCCACACAGCCUGUUGCCCUCCUCCCCCAAAGCAGACCCCCGCCGCCGGGCUAGUGAACUACCCAGGCCCUCAACACAGACCCCUAAACACACACCCACACACACUCCCACACACACACCCAGGCACUCUCCUUUACUUUGCCCACGGGGCUCCAGCAUCCCUGGGCCUUCCUCCAGGGACCCAAAGAGAGACGUCGGCCUGAAAAGCCAGCUCUUCCACCGGACGGGAGCUCUCCCAGCUCCCCAGGUGUCACGCUCUGCCUACAGCAGCCCUUUAACCCAGCGUAGGGUGCCAUCGCCACACUCCAAAGACACACUGGAUCUAGGAAAACCCACCUCGCCUCUCAUCCCCUCACUGUUUCCACAUGACAGCAAUCGCAACAGAAACACUCUCACCAACAAGAACCAAACAUGGGGAGCCAGCAACCUGCGUCCACCGCUGCAGUUCAGAGGAGGAGACAACUCCAACACUGUAUCCCAGGCAACGAGUGAGGUCGUGCCACAAAGAGAGGAAGAGCCUCCAGAAAACCACCCAGCCCGGACCACCAUGUCAAACAACGGUAACCUCCGCUCCUGUCUUCCGCAAACAAGCUAUGAGCAGGCCAUCAGAGGUCGCAGUGACUCCACCAGCCAAUCAGAUGAGGAGAUGGGGACUCCUGAGGACAGCAGUCCAGCCUGCUCGCCCUGUCCCCUGCCGCUGCCACCGCUCACAUUUACCAUGCCAGUAAUGUCCAAGGUGGCUGUCGAUACGCUGGAUCAAAGCCUAGACGAGGAGGCAGCGUCUACGGAGGCACACACACCCAGAGUCAACAUGGCCACUGUGGCUCCCUUCAGCUACAGGCUGCAUGCUCAGGACAGCGAUUUUUCAGUGGACGAACUCAGUGACUGCUCAUCUGGAUCCAUAGAAGUCUGCUGUGACGACCUAAUGCUAGGAGGGAUGCUGGAGGCUAAUGUGGCUAACAUUAGCAUGACGGCCAAGCCCAGAGAACUGGACCUGAGGUCUGCUGCUGUCUCCUGCCAGGAAACUUCAGCCCAGGCCAUGGCCUCUAGGAAGCCCCCGGCCAAGCCCUCUGCUCUGCCCCAGGGACCGUCACGUCCCUCCGGGUCAGAGCUCAAGGUCUACCGGCCCUCCUCUGGAUCUAUCCCUAUCCCAAUCCCCAAUCCGUCCAGGCUACGCAAGCAGCGAUCACUAAACAACUUGUGUGUGCUCACUGAUGCUGAGAAGAAGCUGCACCUGUACCAGUCUCCCCGCUGGAGUGACGAUACAAGCCGGCCUGGCACUGGCACCAACAAGCCAGGCCAGACUAAGGCAGGACAGGCUGGGGGUGGGAGACCACCACUUUCACGGACCCUAUCAAAGUCCGAACAGUCUCUUUUCCAGGGAAAGCCCAAACCUUUCUGCUCCCCGUCCGCGACUUCAAAUGGGGGCAAGCCAAGUCGAAUCCCAGCCCCUGGUAAACCACGGGGACCUUAUGCCGAGGUCAAGCCCAUCAGCAAGGCCUCUGAGGCAGGCCAGAGUGUAGAUACAGACCCUGCAGACCCCCCAACUAAGGCUAACUCCAAUGGAGCUGGGAAUACUGGGACUAAUGGCAAGAAACUAGGGGAGAAGGUGAGAUCUGCAGCCCUGUCAACAGAGGAGAAGAAAGAGAGGAAGGGGCUAGAAGGAGAAGACGAUAAGAGCUUUCUGAAGGUGGAUCCAGAGUUGGUGGUGACGGUUCUGGGAGACCUGGAGCAGCUGCUCUUCAGCCAAAUGCUCGACCCGGAGUCCCAAAGGAAGAGGACUGUGCAAAAUGUUCUGGACCUUCGACAGAACCUGGAGGAGACCAUGACCAGCCUGAGAGGGGUGCAGCUCAGCCACAGCUGUGUGGAGGGGAACGUGUGCUACGACAGCGAUGAAGCCGCUGCGUUCUCAAUUUCCAGCCUGUCAAAUCGCUCCUCUCCGUUGUCAUGGCGCCAGGGUCAGGCCAGCCCCCGUCUGCAGGCUGGCGAAGCUCCGUCCACAGGUAACACCCAGUCGGACGUCCCACUCCGGAUCAGCCACACGGCUCGUAUCCAACUCAUCGAGGCGCUGGACGACUCGGACCCAUCCCUUCUGAAGGGAGAUUACCUCAGCAACAGCGACCUCAGCAGAAAGAGCCCGAUCGAGGAUGAUGAAGAUGAUGAUGAUAUCGACGAUCUGGGGAAUGGUUGGGACGAGAGCAGUUCCAUCAGCAGCGGUUUGAGCGAUGGCUCAGACAACCUCAGCUCUGAAGAGUUCAACACCAGUCCCACACUCAACUCUCUGCCCACCACUCCCAUCGGCUCCCGCAGAAACUCGGCCAUAGUGAUGCGGACAGAUGCAGAGAAGAGAUCUCUGGUGGAGAGCGGUCUGUCCUGGGACUCUGAUGAUACCAAACCCAGCCGCAAGAGCCAGGGCGGCGGCGUCUACGAUACAGGAAGUCUCAAGUCCGAAUCGGCCAAUAAAUGGAAAAAGACGCGGACACAGGGGGAGGGGCCGGAAGGAGGGAAGGGCGAACUGAAGAAACCUCAGACCUUGGGUCAAGGAAAUGUGUUGAAGAAAGGACGAAACCCACCUGUGGGAGUCACCUCUCCAAUCACACACACCUCUCAGAGUGGGCUGAAAGUGGCAGGUACAGUCAAGUCAGAUGGGAAGCCAAUGGAUAAGUCCCGGCUAGCAGUGAAGACCGCCGGCCUUCAGCGCUCUUCUUCUGAUGCUGGUAAAGACCACAGAAAUGGCACCGGUGCUGGUGAGCAACGUAAACCUCCGUCCGGCCUCGUCAGGCCCUCAACUGGUGGAAACUUUGGCUUCAAGAAGCCUGCAACUGCCACCAAUAAUGGCACAAACAAUCCCAGUAUGCCCUGUGGCUCUACAACUGUGGGGAAGAUUCCCAAAUCGUCGGGUAUUCCUGUCAAACCAGGGGCUGGUGGAGGUGGUGGUGGUGGAGGAGGACGUAAGACAAGUCUAGAUGUUUCAAGCAGCGACCAGAGUGGUUUUCUAUCUCCGAAUGCCAGGACAUCUCUCCAGUACCGCUCUCUGCCUCGCCCAGCAAAGACAAGCACCCUGACUCUAACUCGGCCAAGCUCAGCUCGCCCAGUGAGCACUACGAUGGACACCAGCUCUGGGCUGAUCAAACCGGCCCAGGGCUCCAGGCUCAAAGAGCCCGCCUCAGGGCUCAGCUCUGGGUUGAGUAAAGCAGGUGGUCGUGGGAUCCCGAGUCCCAGUCCUGUCAAUCAGACAGACAGAGAGAAAGAGAAAGAGAGGGCCAAAGCUAAAGCUGUGGUAUCUGACUCUGAGUGUGGAGGUGGGUCUCUGAAGGGCAGCCCUGCUCAGACGCCCUCAGAGAACGGAGGGAAGCUGCAGGGCCUGAGACCUCCCAGCAGUGGUAAGGGCAUGGAUCUGCCCUCACCCAACACACACAGGCUAUCUGGGAUACGCAGCCUGGCAAAGCCUCCAUCUAUGGCCCACCUUGACAAGCUGAAUUCAAACAGCCUAGAGGUGGGGGUUCAGGACUCCCUGCCACCCAAAAUUCCCCCAUACUCCAAACUCCAGGACCUGGCCAGCUCAGCAGGCAGCUCCCCUGGCCCCUGCCUGACCCCCAGCCCUGCCCCUCUACUCAAUGUGAACUCCUCAGCCUGCUUCUCAAACUCAGGGACUGGCUUGGGUCCCAGGCAGGUCUCUUCUCUCGGGGUUCAAGGGAGCGGAGGGAGCACCUCACCUCUGCUCUACCCUCGUCUGUCUGGGCUGCAUCGCAGCAUGGAGUCCCUGCCACUCCAGAUGAGUCUGGCCCCAGAGCCCCAGGGGAUGGAGAAGGAGAAGGAGAGGGAGACUUUAGUGAGAGGCUAUACCACCUUGGAAUCCCGACACAAAGAUAGACAGGAAGAUAGAGGCCCUCCUGCCAGCUGGAGCUCUGGAAGUAAAGUCUCGAUGUCUCUCACGGACAGCUCUCAGAGAGACAGAAACACACUGCCAAAGAAAGGUUUAAGUUUCAGCGGUGCCUCUCAGGUUGAGGAGGAAGGGAAGGAGAAAGGAGAGAGGAGACACUCUCAUACCAUUCUCAGUAUGACGGACUCGCUCACUCUUCCACUGCUGUCCUCACCCACCUCCCUGCCCCGCACCUCUAAGAACAGUAUGGUACCCAGCCCUGUCGGUGGACCUCCGAGGAUGACUCGAUCCAACAGCAUCCCAACGCACGAUGCCUCUCUGGAGCUGUACGGAGCGUCUCCGCUGGGCAGCACACUGUCGCUGGCUGAACGCCCCCGCAGCAUGGGAAUGGUUCGCUCCGGAUCCUUCAGGGACAAGGAGCAAGAUGAGGUUCAUGGGUCGGUACUCUCCCUGGCGUCCAACGCCUCGUCUAGCUACUCCUCGGUGAGUGUGGGCAGCAUGCAGACUCAGGCUGAGGAAAGGAUUCAGGGAGAGCAAAUCCGGAAGCUGAGGAGGGAGCUGGAAUCGUCACAGGAGAAGGUGUCUAACCUGACGACACAGCUGACAGCAAACGCAAAUCUGGUGGCGGCCUUUGAGCAAAGUCUGCAGCUGAUGACGACCCGGCUGCAGAGUCUGUCAAUAAGCCACGAACAGAAGGACUCAGAGCUGGUGGAGCUGAGGGAGACCAUCGAGGCUCUGAAGCUCAAGAAUGAAGAAGCCCAGGCUGUCAUACAAGGAGCCUUAAACACCCCAGAUAAUAUGAAAGACAUGCGGAUUCGACGUCAGAACUCAUGUGAGAGCAUCUCCAGUCUCAACAGCCUGACCAGCAUGUCGAGCGUGGGCAGUUUGAAGGACCAAGAUGCCAAGAAGAAGAAGAAAAAGAGCUGGGUCUUUGAGCUGAGGAGCUCCUUCAACAAGGCAUUCAGCAUUAAGAAAGGCUCCAAAACAUACUCAGACAUCGAGGAGAUCGCCACCCCCGACUCCUCGGCUCCCAACUCCCCAAAGAUGCUCCAUGAAGGAGGAGAUGACAGCGAAAACCAGCCUUCAUCCCUCAAAACCUCGGCCUCUGCCACCUCUUCUGUGAUCAUGGAGACUACAGAAGAGGGUGACAAUGAGGAAACUGCGGUAUCAGACCUGCGCUCAGAACUCUGGGUGAAAGAGAGAGAACUGACAGACAUCCGACUGGAGGCCUUAAGCUCUGCACAUCAGCUGGAGCAGCUCCGAGAAGCCAUGAACAGCAUGCAGUCAACGGUGGAGAACCUGAAGGCGGAGAAUGACCAUUUAAAAACAGGCUCCGGUCCGACCUCUUCCACUUCCCAGCCUUCAGGCCUGGCCUCUCUCCUGGGGCCCUCACUGAGGCAGCCGAUGAGCAUGUCCCUCACCAAGUCCUUCAGCCUCAGUCUGAAUGAUUGUAAAGAUCCAGACGCGUCUUCAGUUGACUCGUUAAGUGUGUCUUCCCAGCGGGAUGAGGUGUGCGCACGAGUGCUUGUCCACAUUUCAGAUCAAGCAGAGGACAGUAAGCAGCAGCAGGAGUUCUACCUUGGCUCGGUGCUGGUCGGUGCGAGAACCGACUGGUCCUGUCUCGACUCUCUCAUAGCCAAGACCUUGAAGGACUACCUUACGCAAGUGGACCCGACUGCCAGCCUGGGUCUGUCCUGUGAUUCGCUGCACAUGUACCAGCUGACCCAGGGAGUGCAGAGGGUGAUAGGAGGGGAAAAACCUCAAGCCUCACCUUAUCGCUGCCUCAGCAAUGGUUCAGCGCAAAUACUUGUCACUUUGAAAGGUCUCAGAGAAAAAUGUGUUGACUCACUGGUGUUUGAGACUCUGAUUCCUAAGCCAAUGAUGCUGCACUACAUCAGCUUGCUGCUGAAACACAGGCGUCUAGUUCUGUCUGGGCCCAGCGGGACAGGAAAGACUUACCUGGCUCAACGUCUAGCCCACUACCUCCUGCAGCGCAGCCGGUCUGACUUGUCCGAGGCCGACCACGAGACCUGUGUCCUCGGCCGCAGCGCCGCUGUAACCUUCAACAUGCAUCGUCAGUCACAGAAGGAGUUGCAGUUGUAUCUGUCUGAUCUAGCAAAUCAGAUCGACAGAGAGAGUGGAGGAGAACUGCCGCUGGUUGUUAUUAUAGAUGACAUUAGCGACUCAGCAGCCAUCACUGAGCUUGUUAACGGAGCUCUCACCUGCAAGUAUCACAAAUGUCCUUACAUCAUCGGGACAACCAAUCAGCCUGUGAAGAUGACGUCUAACCACAGUCUGCACCUCAGCUUCAGGAUGGUAAUAUUCUCCAACAAUGUUGAACCUGCUAACGGGUUCCUGCUGAGGUACCUGCACCGUAAAGCUGUGGAGGCCUACCAGGAGAAGGAGCAGGACUCCGCACGCCACCAGGCUCUCCUCCAUGUACUGGACUGGAUCCCUCAGCUCUGGUACCACCUCCACACGUUCCUGGAGAAACACAGCACUUCAGACUUCCUCAUAGGUCCCUGCUUCUUCCUGUCAUGCCCAGUAUCAGUGGCAGAGUUCAGACAGUGGUUCAUUGACCUGUGGAACCACUCCAUCAUACCAUACCUGCAGGAGGGAGCCAAAGACGGCAUCAAGGUGCACGGGCAGAAGGCAGUAUGGGAGGAUCCUGUGGAGUGGGUGAGAGGGACUCUCCCCUGGCCCAAUGCACAGCAGGACCAGUCCAAGCUCUUUCACCUACCUCCCCCCAGCAUAGGUCCACCCAGCGAGGAGAAGAAGCCCCCCAAAGAUACACCUCCACCCAGCACACUGGAGUCAGACCCACUGAUGGCCAUGCUGCUGAAGCUCCAGGAGUCGGCCAACUACAUAGAGUCUCCAGAGCGGGAAGGCUGUCUGGAUCCCUCUCUGCAGGCGACACUCUGAGAACAACAUGCGACUGUCAGUCAAGCUAUGGAACUAAAGACUCUUCAUCACGGCUGACACAGCGGGUGCAGUCCCAGUGAGACUUUAAAGACUCAAUAAAUAACUUAACUGUGUGCUCAGUGAGCAGCUACGAAGCUAAAUGUAAAGGAUCUAUAGAGAGAGUGAUUAUGGACGAAGGGCUUGCUCUGCCCUGCUAUCAGAAAGAUACUGCUCUCACAGGAAGCUGUGAUGAUCACGUCAGGGAAAGACAUCGACUUGUCUCUUCUCUGCCCUCAAUGAGUUCCAGAUUGGUUGUUGUUGAAUCUGCAAGUGCAUGGUAACCGGAAUAGUAUGAUGCAAAAUAUUACCUAUAAUCCUACUGAUCAAGACCCAUGUUUUUCUUUUUAACUGCUACAACUCUCACCUUCGAACUAUUGGUGCUUAUUGUUCCUGGUUUUCUUUGAAGGCUUCAUUUUACAAAGAAAUUCACUCUGAUUUCCUAAAAGUAGGAUCAUCACUCGACGACAGCCAAAAAAUGCACUUUAUUUUCUACUUGUGGUAAUUGGGUUUUAGCAGGCUGUGUCGGUGACUGUGUAUCAAACAGGAAUCAUGCAGUGCAUUAGCAAUUCCUCUAGAUGGCAGCAUCUACUCCUGCCUCAGUGCUCUCCUGGUGUGCUUUCUGACUUGGUGCUCAGUAGAAUAUAUAACACAUACUCUAUAACACAACUAUAAAAAUGGCCUUGAAUGUUUUUGUUUCUUUUCAGUUCAGCCAUUGUGUCAUUCACGGAUCGAAUAUCAGAACCCCGAAGCUGCAAGAGUAACAUGCAUGGGUGAAUAAUGAAUGAAAAUCAGUUUUAGGGUCAGCCUGUAAAGAAAACGUCACCAUUGGUAUGUCUCCAGUAAUAUACUGACAUCAUAACCACAGAAACUGACCCUACUCAACCAACAUACUGUAUUGUUAACACACACAGGACAAAAAAAAAUGCUCGUUUAUCUAGUCUGCCCAAACGGCCUACCAUUUCUGGCUAUGCUUGCGUAUGUUCUGUAUUUAGAUAUGGGUUUUAAAACACGAAAUUCUCUUGUGAUAGAUGAGGAUACAGCUUUGAAAAAUCUUGAUUUUGUAGGAUUUUAUACUGAGUCAUCUUCAACAGUCAUCUGUAUACAGCAGCAAUCACCUACGUAUACCUAACACGCCAUCACGAACUGCGGUGUUACACUUCUGUCGUCCACUGUUCGCUCGAUCAUUUCUCAUUCAACAUCCCUCAAGGGGAAGUGGAAAGCAUCAUUUAAAAAGAAAGAAGUGAUAAGAAUCUGUACAAACUAAAUCAUUUCCUUUCUCAUUGCAUUUGCUCUUUAUAUCUUUGAUAACACCUUUUUUUCAAACGGUUUCCUUCUCACACAUUUGUGUUAAGAGUUACUGAAAGAGUAAGGGCUGCGGGUAAGAAAGGUUGAAACUCAUUUUGAGUGGCUUCCUCCUAUUCUUUUCCUUCGUUCGUUUGCACAUAAUAUAUGUCGGAGUACUAGAGUACAGAGAGUAUUUAUUGCUCACACCUUGACUGUUCUUGUCAUGAAGGAAGAAGGUAUAUAAAGACGUGUUUAGAGGAGGAAACUGUAGGUAGUGGAGAUAUUCUUAAACCUCUCAGCCCUGUGCCCCCCUUUGACCCUGAAGUACCUCAGACUGCCAUACUCUGUCCAGACGUUCCUCUACUUUCCAAACAGGGUGCUGGUGUAAAGUAGAGACAUGAUGCCUAAGUCUAUCUGUGCCUGAAACACGAUUUGGCCUAAAGCUGCUUUCGAGGUGCUUUAAUCUACCAUGCGGAGGCCUCGAUUCAGAGGAAACAUCAUCACUUCCUCUCACCUACUCUGAUGUCACUUUAAUGUCUCACCUCGAUGGGUUAUCGGUUUUGAUCUUUGGCUUGUUGUCAUGGUGAUAAGCUGUUAAGAUGAUGUGUGUGUCAGUUAAUUCUGCAGUAGAUGAGAAUCACGCCCGGGCUGCCUGCAUGUGCUUUGACACCAUUUUAAACUUAAAGUGUGAAAGACUUGACAUCUUUGUGUAGUUGCCUGAGAGUCAGAAGCAGUGUGAGAACAGAUUUUCUGGAGAUGUAGUGUCGAUGCAUGUAUCCCUGGUGUGUUCCCAAAGUUUCGUUUCAUUGGACCUACCACACUCAACCUUGUCAUAGGAGGGAUUUUUAUUAACUGGAUAUCUUCCUCUUUUCACGUUGCUUUUAAGAGCAGGCAUUUGUUUUUUCUUAUGCAAAUAUUUGUAAAGGUUUCUUUCUCUUUUGUACAUGACAUCACUAUUGUAAACACUGUAAAUAGUCAGUGCAUCUGCGACAACAAUCACUAAAAAAGAACCUGUAGAGAUCUAAGAGAAGGCAUGGCCCCUGUAUGCAGAAAACGGGCGUCCUCGAUGGGUUUAUUGUCCUCCUCCAGUGGGGAAGAGCACUUGGCUUAAAAGGGGGCCUAAUAAUGGUUGUAUGGCAUGUCUCUAUAACCACAUCAAAUCCCAUAUGUCUAACAUUGAGCAAUGAACACAAUAAAGUCAUGCCAUUCUUCACAUCA